AGUGAAGCACACGGGAGUCUCCAUCUUGCUCUGAUUUUAGGGAACCACCAACCACACCUUGCGUUGCGAUGAUGCCGAUUCUCUUCUUACGCCAGCUGUGUUUCACAAAUCACUUUUAUUAUUUAUUAUUAUUAUUUUUUUUUCUUCUCACUUUCAUUCAUUUUACCACUACUCCUCACUCUCUCUUUAACUAACUAUCUAUCUAUCCAUCCAUCGCUUUCUUUCCAUUUUUCAAUUUCACCUCUUUACUUUUUCUUCACCCAUUGUACUACCUCUUCUAUUUUUUUAUUUUUUUUUGUGUUAAAUUUCUCAUAGACAUGUAAACGAACUUUUACCAGUUUUAUUAUUAAUAAGUAAAAUCCUAAACUGAUUGGAUUCGAUCGAUCGAUCUCAUCUUCCGCCAUGGAGAUCCGAACCGAUGCAGAAUCUACUUCAUUUUCUUCAAGUUUAAUCGCGGCAGUGUCAUAUGGAAUUGCUUCAAUGGCAAUGGUUUUUAUCAAUAAAGCUGUUCUCAUGCAGUAUGCACAUUCAAUGACUCUCCUCACUUUGCAGCAACUGGUUACCACCUUGCUUAUACACUUUGGUCGAAAAAUGGGAUACACAAGAGCAAGAGGAGUAGAUUUGGCAACGGCCAAGCAACUGCUCCCGGUUUCGUUUUUCUAUAAUGCUAAUGUCGCAUUUGCUUUGGCCAGUUUGAAAGGAGUCAAUAUCCCAAUGUAUAUUGCCAUAAAGAGGCUUACACCGCUUGCUGUACUUAUCGCUGGAUGUUUCAUGGGGAAGGGGAGACCUACAACUCAGGUGACUCUCUCAGUGAUAUUGACUGCUGCUGGAGUUCUCAUAGCAGCCCUUGGAGAUUUUUCCUUUGACCUUUUUGGGUAUAGCAUGGCUUUCAUUUCUGUUUUCUUCCAGACCAUGUACCUUGUGCUGGUGGAAAAAUCUGGUGCUGAGAAUGGACUUUCAUCAGUGGAAAUCAUGUUCUACAACAGUUUUUUAUCUCUUCCGUUUUUGAUGUUUCUUAUUAUAGCCACAGGGGAAUUCCCAUAUUCUUUAUCUGUAUUAUUUGCAAAGAGUUAUUCUUUUUCAUUUCUGGUGAUCCUUAUUCUUUCGUUGGUGAUGGGCAUUGUUCUCAACUUCACCAUGUUCUUGUGCACUAUUGUUAAUUCUGCUUUAACUACAACGAUUGUGGGUGUUCUUAAAGGAGUUGGUUCCACGACCUUUGGUUUCUUCUUACUGGGUGGCGUUCAAGUCCAUGCUUUGAAUGUGACUGGAUUGGUCAUCAAUACAGCUGGUGGCGUGUGGUAUUCAUAUGCUAAAUAUCAGCAGAAAAAAAGUAAGACAGUGAAGGUAGUUACAGAUGUGGAGGCUCAUCGUAAAUAGAAGUGGUAUUGACGACUUACAGCAAAAGCUAUAGCAGCUGGAUAAAUGUUUCUUUUUCUUUAAUUUACUAGUUGUAUGGUUGUAUUUGUAGCUCCCUCCGCCCCCCCUCUCUUUCUCAUCAUUUUCCGGUAAAUCACAUAGUUGGAGCCUCAGAGGUAUUGUAUACUGACACGAUAUUCAAAAUUCAAUAAAAAUAAUUCAUAAUUGUACUUCUGUUGCAUA